AUGUUCUCAAAGAAACUUCAUCAUUCAAAAGUGUGGCCUCGUCACAUUGUUAUAUUUCGAGAUGGUGUAAGUGAUUCCGAAAUGCUUCGUACUGCAUUCAUCGAAUUGAAGUGGAUCAGGGAAUCAUGGACGAAAAUGACAGAAUUAGAUGCAAAAGAAUUGGAUCUUGACGUAACAUACACAUAUAUAGUGAUUCAAAAACGACAUAUCACACGUUUCUAUAAACCAUCGAAAAAGGAGAAUGGGGAGAACAUGAGAAGCUGUGAUCGUUUCAGAUAUGUAAAUGUGGAAUCUGGAACCAUUGUAGACAAUGUGGUUGUCUCACCACAGCUAUUCGACUUCUAUUUGGCAUCGCAGAUUGGAGCCAUUGGAACAACUCGUCCUGCUCACUACACAGUUGUAGUUGAUGAAUGGAUGCUAAGUGCAGAUCAGAUUUACGAAAUGUGCUAUCAACAUUGUUUCCUCUAUGCGAGAUGCAGAAUACCAGUAUCGUUACCUUGCCCAGUAUACUACGCUCAUUUAGUAUGUGAAAAGGCAAAAGAAGUGUACAAGACGCUGUGCAGCCAUAUUCUUAGAAGCAAAGAUUGUCAGCAACAAGCACCUCAGCUUGUCAAGUCCCUUCCCUUAAUGUCGUAA